AUUAUCUUGUAUUUCAGUGAUACCCGUGAAGUACAGAAGUGCGGCUAUUACGUGCGGGUAGUUUUAAGAAUUCGUUUCGUUCGAUUUUGUGUUAAUAUUUUCGAUGAGUGGUAGAUACCUUCUCUAACUAACUACGACGACUACUGCUGCUGCUAGUUUUGUUUUAAUAACCCAUCUAAAUAAAUGCUCAAAUAUAGUGCUUAAAAAUUACAAUAACAAAAUUAGUGCGGAAUUUUUAAAGCAGCAUUUUGGUAUUUUUUUAUGGAAAAAAGUAAAACAGAGUAAAAUAUUAACCGAAAAAGCCAUCCUAUUUUAAGAAAGAUUGAAAAACAAAGGAAACGAGAAUUAAAACACACUCAUACCUACACAUCGGCAUAACGAAGAAGAGUGCAAGAGAAGAAGUAGUGUGUGGUACAAAAAAGCUAAAAAAGAAAACAGAAACAAAAAUAACAUCAAGUAAAACACCGACCAACUAACCGACAGGGUGGUACCGUUACAUCGGAGCUAUACGAAGACCUGUUUUGCAUGGACAAUUUUCAGUCACAGCCUGUAGCAUCCAUUACUAACUACAAAUACGACAUUCUAAACAAUUUCGAAAAUCCCCUGCCUGAUCAAAACCCCAACACCGCAAUAAACAUUGAACGCCCCUGGCCAAGAAUGUUCAAAAUAGCAAAACCACCAAAGAGUCAAGGAGCUGCAAUGCAGCAUCAUCGACAGCCCAAAACCACACCACUCGUGGACGACUAUGAAAUUUCCAAUACGGUUCUUGGUCUCGGCAUUAAUGGCAAAGUUGUACAAUGUACAAGCCGCACAACAAAUCAAAAAUAUGCCUUGAAGGUGCUUCUAGAUAGUCCCAAAGCAAGACGUGAAGUUGAUCUACAUUGGCGUGUCAGUGGUUGUCGUCACAUUGUCAAUAUUGUUGAUGUCUAUGAGAAUACCUAUGCAGGCAAUAAAUGUCUUCUGGUAGUGAUGGAAUGUAUGGAAGGUGGUGAAUUAUUCCAGCGUAUACAAGAUAAUGAGGAUGGUGCAUUCACAGAAAGAGAGGCCGCUCAAAUUAUGCAUGAAAUCUGCGUCGCGGUUCAUUAUCUGCAUAGCCGAGAUAUUGCACAUAGAGAUUUGAAACCAGAAAAUUUAUUAUACACCUCUCCAAAACCAAAUGGCAUAUUGAAGCUGACAGAUUUUGGUUUUGCCAAAGAGACUCUUAUAAAGGACACUCUACAGACGCCAUGUUAUACUCCAUAUUAUGUGGCUCCUGAAGUUUUGGGCCCUGAGAAAUAUGACAAGAGUUGUGACAUUUGGUCCCUGGGUGUUAUAAUGUACAUCCUAUUGUGUGGCUUCCCACCAUUCUACAGUAACAAUGGUCUGGCCAUUUCACCUGGCAUGAAGAAACGCAUUCGGACCGGACAAUAUGAUUUCCCAAAUCCAGAAUGGAAAAAUGUUAGUCAAGCGGCCAAAGACUUAAUUAAAGGCAUGUUGAAUGUUGAUCCCAGUAAACGUCUGACCAUUGAAGAGGUGAUGCGUAACAAAUGGAUUGCCCAGUAUACAGAAGUACCACAGACGCCCUUGUGUACGGGACGCAUGCUGAAGGAGGGCGAGGAAACAUGGCCUGAAGUUCAAGAAGAAAUGACCAGAUCACUAGCAACAAUGCGAGUCGAUUAUGACCAGAUGCACAUUAAAGCUUUGGAUAAAUCCAAUAACGCCCUGCUAAGCAAGAGACGAAAAAAGAUUGAAGAAAUUGCUGCUGCUCAAAAUAAGUAAAAAAACAACAAAAUAAGAAAAAAAAGAAGAAUUGUCAACAUACUAUUUUUGUUGGUUUCAUUUAAAUGGUUGAAUGCCCUAUCCCGAAGAAAGGAAAAAAAAGAAGAAAAUGCCGUUGAAACGUUUCUAUGUAAUAAGAAAACCAUAUUGUUUAAAUUAAUCCUUAAAUUGAUAACAAAGAGUUAUAGUAAUAAUAAUAACAAUAAGCCACAAAACAAAUCCUUAAAAAUGUCCUUUAAAAUUUUGCCAUUCAGCUAGCUAUAAGAUAAUAACGCAGAAAAAAUGUGUAUUCCAUAGCUUCCCUUAAGAUUUAGUUAGCAUUAAGAAUUUUGUUUAUAAACUUGGUUUCAACUAGGGCUGAGGAAAUCAAUCGAAACUCCGAAACUCUUACCUUGUCUUGUGAGACAUUCAAUUUAUCAUGUCUUUUGACUCUUACAACAUUUAAAACCUCUACAAAAUGCAAUUAUAACGUUUAAAAUGGAUUCUAGUUCCAGUCCAUUAUUAAGUCCAGUAUUUGCAUUAAAUCCUGAGAAGAAAAUCCUCGAGUCGUAUUUUUAAACAUUUUGCCUUCGGUAUCAUUUUUGAAUCCAACGCCCUGGUUAUAAACAAAUUGGUCUAAAUUUUGUACAGGCCAUGCAUUUUCAAUAAAAUAGCAUAUAAAUGCUUAAAAUUUCAAGUUUUGGAAAAGUUUUUAUUUGACUUUUAAGUGAAUUUUACAAGCAACAAAGAAGUCAAACUCAUUUAUUUAUUUAAUUUAAAUCUGCAAAAAAUCUGAGUUAGAAUUAGUCCCACUAAAAUAAAAUCUUAAAGAAGUAUUCCUGUAAAAGUCUAAUUAUAGAUCGUUGAUGUGAAUGUCAAAUAGUUUUUUUUUUUAAUAUCAACAGAAAAACGAAAACUAGGUUUUACAAAAGCCUUCAGUCUAAAAUUAGGUUAGAUUAUAUUAGAUUGCAGAUCAUCAAUAAAUUUAUUUUCAAGUUGCUUAAGUCUUUUGACGAUGCUUAAUGCUUAAAAUAUUUCAUAUCUGGUGUCAGGUUGACAAAAAUAUAUAUGAGAAUAUUUAAAUGAGAAUAUAUUUGUGAUGGGGUUGUCAUCUUCGCAGCGAUUAAAUCUUGCAUUCCCUUCUAGCCUGUUUAACAGUUUGUAUACCGUCUUAAAACAUAUCAAUUUUUUGCACUAUAGAUAACAUAUGAAGGAAAAUUAUUUACAGCGGACUUCAGCUAAACUAUUGGGUAGUUUUAAAAGCUUUCCCUGGAUUUUUUAUAAGCAAAUAAAAUCUGACUCUUAUUAUACCCAUGAAAAUACUUUAAACAGAAGACCGUUACAAUUUUCAAUCCCAAUAUACUCAUUCAUUUAGACUUCAUUAAAGAAACUUGCCAUGGAUGCAUUAUCAGCUACAUUUUACGGACGCCGAUGUCCUAGAUUAUCAAACAGAACAGGUAUUCUCAGACAUGGAUCCCAUCUUGUCAGACAUAUAUCCCAAUAUCAUCAAAAUGAUUUGCUAAAAACAUUUCCUGUCUAUGCAAAUUACCCAGAUAAAUUUACAUAUCCCUACAAUCACUUUCUUCUCUUUCUCGCUUCUAUAUCUUUCCUAUUACCAAAACUUUAUUCUUCCUAGAAUGGCACAAUGGAGCAAAGGUGAAACAGCUGCCGACAUUGAUGCAGCUGCGAACCAAGCGAUGCUGGUAGAAUGUGUAAUGUUAUAUUUAAUAAUACAUAGUUUAUUUCCUUGUAUUGGAAAGUGGUCUAUUUACUGAAGCAAAGGCCAGGAUACGUGUGGUCUCAUUUAAAGGAUCUAUUUAAGUUUUCGUUUUUUUUUCAAGUUCAAACUGAGUCCAAUGUCAUUUUCCUUACCAACCCUUGUUUCGAUGAUGAAGACUUAAAUUAAGGUCUUUGUUUUAUUUAUUUAUUUAUUUAUUUUUUUUUUUUUUUUGUUUAACUCAUUUUUCCAAAAUUUAAAUUUUUUUUUCUAGUAGUUAGGUGAAUGGCUAAAAUCUUUUUUUACGUAUAAUAAUAUUAAGCAAUUUAAACCUUUUAUAUACAUUUAUGUAUGUACGUAUAUGAUACAUAUGUUCAUGUUUUUGCUUACUAAUGGCAAACAUAUAUGUAAGAGUAAAUCAAAAUUUUAAAGCAGAAAAUAUUUGAAAUAUAUAAAAUCGUUUUUUGGACGUACUAUUACUUAGUUAUUUAACUAACACAUUUAAACUGAACUAUUUUAAUAACCUAUUAUUAUUAUUAUUAUUUUGUUUAUGUCAAAGAAGAAACCAACUUAUUCUUUACUAUGUAAAAGCUUAAAAACAAAUAACUUUGUAAUUAAAAUUAAAAAAAUAUAUACAUAUAAAACCCAGUACUACGAAUGAAAACAAUAACAAUAAAGUCAAUAUAUUGAAGUUAACAUUUGCUCUAUAAAUAAAAAAAAAUAAAAUAAAUAUGCAAAAUUGUAACUAAUGCAAAAUGGAAAUCAGUCAAUGUAAAAGAAAAAGAAAUGCAAGUUAGCACGCCAUUUGCCGUCAGAUAAUUUUUAGUUUAAGUUAAUCGCUAUUAGGCUAGAUUGCCAGCCAACAAGGGUAGUGUGAACCUUUAUACAUCCAAUUGAGUUACAUUUUUUGUAUCAAUGACAGAGCAAAAAAAAGUAAAGUAUUUUUGUAGCUCUUUUAGCGCAUCAAAAAUUAUAUUAAAAAGAAUACAAUUAAUUUUUAUUAAAAUAAAAUUUGUAUUUUAUAUAUAUAAUUUUAAUGGCCAAUGAUUUGCGGAUGUGUUUGUAAGUGUUUGUUAAGAUAUUACAAAAAUCCAAAAAAAAAUAUUAAUAUUUUUGUAAGUCGUUACAAAAAUAGACAUAUAUACAAAAAACAACAUAUUGACGUAGUUAUUAUGAAAUAUUACAUAUAUAUAAAUAAAAAUAAAAUAUACAAUGAAAUAAAAAUAAAUUUGGAAAAAAAUAUUGUUGAUGAUGUACAUAUUC